CACCGAGCUGGAGAGGCCUUAGGAGGACGGGGAAACAACCGAGGAAGUGAAGAUAAAGGGGGAAUACGGCUACUGACCCAUCCCGGAGCAUCAGGGGAGAAGCAGCGAGAGAAAGGGGGAGAAGCAGGGAGAGAAAGGAGGGGAAGAAGGAGACUAAUUCCGCUCGACCCGAUGGACUGAGAGGACAGAUGAAUGAAGACUGCCUAUACUAACGCCUAUAGAUGUCUGGCCAAGGACCUAGACGCCUAUGCCAUGAACACGGACAUGACGAUGGACGGCAUCGGCAGCCUGCAUGGCGGGGUGUCCGUGAGCUCCGUCCUCCCUGAUGUGGAGCUGAUGAGCGGCCACAGCCCGCACCACGGCCGCUCAUCAGGGGGCCACGGGGCGGCGGCGGCAGCCCUGCGGAUCCACCAGGACCUGGCCUCUCGCUCCGCCAUGGUGUCCGGCAUGGCCAGCAUGCUGGACGGUAACGGGGACUACCGUCCGGAGCUGUCGCUGCCGCUGCACCACGCCAUGAGCGUGCCCUGCGACACGUCCUCUCCCGGGAUGGGGAUGAGUGGGACAUACACCACCUUAACCCCGCUGCAGCCGCUGCCCCCCAUCUCCACCGUGUCCGACAAGUUCCACCAUCACCACCAUCAACACCACCAGCGGCUCUCCGGGAACGUGAGCGGGAGCUUCACCCUGAUGCGGGACGACCGGGGGCUGCCGGGAAUGAACAACCUGUACAGCCCCUACCACAAGGACCACAUGUCCGGGAUGGGUCAGAGCCUCUCCCCGGUGCUCGGUAACGGCCUGGGCUCCAUACACAACACCCAGCAGGGGCUUCACAACUACGGCAUUACGACGCACGGAGGCCACGAUAAGAUGCUGAACUUCGAGGCGCACCACACCGCCUCCAUGCUCAGAGGGGACCCCCACCAGCACCGAGGCCUCGGCGGCCCGACGGCCGGGAUGAUGCCGCACCUGAACGGGAUGCACCACCCGGGGCACCCGUCUCCAUCCCAUGGGCCCGUGUUGGUGUCCAGGGAAAGACCUCCCUCCUCCUCGGAGGUGCAGGGGGUGAACAGCUCGGGGCAGCUGGAGGAAAUCAACACCAAGGAGGUGGCGCAGAGGAUCACGGCGGAGCUGAAACGGUACAGCAUCCCCCAGGCCAUCUUCGCCCAGAGGGUGCUGUGCCGCUCCCAGGGGACCCUAUCGGACCUCCUGAGGAACCCCAAACCCUGGAGUAAACUAAAGUCAGGCCGGGAGACCUUCCGGAGGAUGUGGAAGUGGCUGCAGGAGCCCGAGUUCCAGAGGAUGUCGGCGCUCAGACUGGCAGGUAAGAGGACAACAAACCGGGCCAUGCUGCUGGGUUGGUUUGCUUUGUGCGUCCGGACAACAGGAGGAAUUCAAAUUUAA